AUGCCUGCAGUGUGGCGUGGCGUUCGGCGCCUGGGGACAGCCUCAGCUUCAGCAGCCUCAGCAGUGCGGUGCGCGACGACUGGUGCGCAUCACAGCUACCGCCCAGGGCCUGUUGCGCGGCUGCUGCGGCGCGUGUACGUUGCUGUGACGCCGCGCAGGUUGCACCGGCGCAUGGCGGUGCGGCUGCAGGCCGGCAUGGAGCGUGUGCAGGAGCUGGAGAAGGAGCAGCUAUGGCUGCAGCAGCACGGCUCCCCGCUGCGCGUGAUGGGGCUGCCAGAGCACGCGGAUCUCGUAGAGGUGCGGUCGCGCUACCGCGACCUCGUCUUCGCGACGCACCCCGACACCGCGCAGGGCAACGCAAAGGUGCAGUACGACACAAUCCAGACCGCGUACAGGAUGGCAACGUCGCCGACGAGCCUGUGGCAUCAGAAUGGCUCUGCGCCGGCGCUGUACCACCACCUCGUCGCCACCUCCGCGCGCGCGACGCGGCGUGUNUGGCAUCAGAAUGGCUCUGCGCCGGCGCUGUACCACCACCUCGUCGCCACCUCCGCGCGCGCGACGCGGCGUGUGAACCGAGUGACGCUCUUUGCCUUCCUUUCGUACUGCGUGAUGGGCGUUGUGGGGAUUAUCUUCUCCGCUGUUGUGGUGCGGCAGCUGCUGGAGGUGGCGCUGCGCCUCUUCGACCCCGAGUUCUACGCAUUCAUGGUGGCGCAGGAGCAGGACGAGGAGCGGCGGCGGCUCGCGGGGGAGGUGGUCGACACCGACCCGAAGCGGCUCGCCCCGACCGCAGUUAAGCGGCUGCUCUUCCCCGGCCGAUUCGUGCACAAGAAGAACACUAGCAACAACAGCAGUAGCAGCAAUGAUGAGGGGGGCUCCGAUGGGUGA